AUGUCCACCAAGACCAUCGCCUUCCUCGGCGCCACCGGCGGCUGCGGCCUCUCCGCCCUCCGCCGCGCCGUCGCCGCCGGCCACACCUGCAUCGCCCUCUGCCGCACGCCCUCCAAGCUCGCGGCCCAGUUCCCCGACCGCCCCGCCAACCUCAUCCUGCGCGAGGGCAACGCCCACGACGUCGCCGCCGUCGCCGCCUGCCUGUCCCACCCCGCGGACCCCGCGCGCCUCGUCGACGCCGUCAACUUCUCCAUCGGCGGGCCCGUCAACAUGGCCAAGCUGACCAUGGACGACCCGGACGUCUGCAAGAAGGGCAUCGCCGCCCUGCUCGACGCCAUCGCCGCCGUGCGCGCCGAGGAGCGCGGCGGCACGACCUGGCGCCCGCUCGUCGCCGUCGUCAGCACCACGGGAAUCUCCCAGCACGGCCGCGACGUGCCCCUCCUCUUCGUCCCCUUCUACCACUACGCCCUGCACGUGCCCCACGAGGACAAAAAGGUCGCCGAGCAGCGCCUCUUCGACAGCGGCGAGCGCUUCGUCAUUGUGCGCCCCAGCCUGCUCGUCGACGGCGAGAAGCCCGACAGGGCCAUCCGCGUGCACGUCGAGGGCCCCCAGGGCAUCGAGCGCAAGGAGGUCGGCUACUUCAUCUCCCGCGACGACGUCGGCCGCUGGAUGUUUGAGAACCUGCUGCAAAAGGCCGGCGGGGGCUGCGAGUACGAGGGCAAGGCCGUCGGCCUGACGUGGUAG